AUGGAGUAUGACCAGAAGCUGAAGUCUGCUGAAGAUGCAAUUCUCAAGCUCCAAAACAAUGCCAAGUCCAUUAUGGAGAAUAAACUUAAACAGGAGAAAAUGACUGGUCUCACCAACAACUGCCUCUUCUUAAAGGAAUACUACGAAUUCAGGAAGAACUCCAAGUUGGAUGCACUCCCCAGUGUUUAUAUUGGACUGAAGAACAAACUGUCUGGAAUCAGAUUUGUCUUGGAGUCAAUGGAUCAUUUACUGCAGCUUCUCCAAACUUCAUAUAAAGAAAAACUACAUGAUUUCAUAAGGGAAAAGAACUAUGGGAUCAAAACAAUGCUUUACCCAGAUCAUCCUGAAAGAUUUGAACACUAGCACCAAGUGCUACCUGAAAAGAGUUUGUACUUUGACCGCUACUAUUUUGAGGCUGAGAUAUCUGGGACUGGCAUUUACCUUGAUAUGAUGUACAAAAGCACUGACCAGGAGGGUUCAGAAAGCAACAGCUGCAUCUCAGGGAAUAAAUUCUUCUGGAGCAUCAUGUGGAAUGGGAAAAAGGUCUCUGCAUGGCACAGUGAUGUGGAGAUACCCCUCAAAACUGAUGUGUUUAAUAGGACAGGAAUCUACCUAAACUAUUCCCAUGGGACCUUGAGCUUUUUAUGGGGUCACCUCUGAUACAUGAUCUUGAUACACCAGUUUGAGUGUGAAUUUGCUGAGCGACCCUACCUUGCCUUUUGACUUUCAAAGAAAUAAAACUCUGUCAAGAUAAUCAGGCUGGGGGAAUAUGCUGAGAAGACCCUGACCUCUUUGCCUCCCACUGGGGAAGUCGCUCCUUCAAAAGCAUCUGAGUCAGAAGAACUGGCGAGUACUUAG